AUUCGAGUCUUUCCGUAAUCUCGUACUGCUGGAAUUUUAAAUCUGUCCCUGAGCUCGGUCAUUGGUGACGGAAGGCGGGGGCAAUCGUUGAAUGAAGGUUAUUUUCUGUGUUGACACGGUGGUCCUGAAAGCCCUCGGCGGAGAGAUCCACAUAUUCCAAUGUAACAUUAAACCAAUGAAAGAGGAGGAGUCGACACUCAUUUGUUUACAGAUUAGUCUACACGAUGUGGACCGCGGAGACGAGAUCGAGUUGAGGUUGGCGAGCAGCAGACGUUUUCACAGGUUGAUGUACAUUUUGCACGGAGCAGGAAAGCAAAAGUGAAAUAUUUUCUGGCGUCAUAAUUUCCCCUGGAAAUAGGCUACGGGGAAAUCUGCUGUAUACCAUGAUAAAUAAAUAAGACCUGCCUGUCCUUUCACUAUACAACCGAUUUUAUAGCCGCACUUCGGAUACUGAAGUUGGUGCUGUGACUUCGCUUUGCCUAUCAUUCUUGGAAGAGCAAAGCUGAAAGAAUCCUUUUUUUUGAUUUUUUAUAUAUAUAUAUAUAUAUAUAUAUAUAUAUAUAUAUAUAUAUACAAUCCUUGUCAAUCAAUAGGCUACUGUCGCUGUCUGAUGCAUGAGCGAUGCUCCCAGAACACAACAGUAACCCCUCUACUGGACAGGAUAAAAUGGGGGUCAACGGGAUAGGAGAAAAUCAGACUGAAGAGGAAGCAUCGAGCCGCGAGCCGCCGACUGAAAACUGUGAUGAGGCACCUGCAGACUCUGAAAUGGAGCAGAAAGGUGGUUCUCCCCAAGACCAGGAGAACCAGCAAGCACAGAAGGAGGACCAGGGACAGGACCUGGGAGAUAGCGAAUGCAAGAUCCCACAUGAGGACACUACUAUCCAGCUCAUCGAGGCUGGAUGUCUCGAUAGUAAGCCCGGUGUAUCCCCGGAUUUCCAGUCUCAGUCCCCGGCACCGAUGCCAGGGCAGAGCACCGGGUUCGUCCCACCCGAAGGCGGGUUCGGCUGGUUAGUCGUUUUCGCUGCUACCUGGUGUAAUGGAUCCAUCUUCGGGAUACAGAACUCCUUCGGUAUCCUCCACAUGAUGCUGGUGAUUGACCACGCAGACCCCAAUGACCAAACGUCGCAGUUUAAAGUAGCCUGGGUGGGGGCUCUGGCGAUGGGCAUGAUCUUCUUCUGUUCCCCGGUGGUCUCCAUGUUCACCGAUCACUUCGGCUGCAUGAAGACAGCUGUGGGCGGGGCCACCAUGGCCUUCAUCGGACUCCUCAGCACCGCCUUCGCAACGUCUCUCAGCCUGCGGUAUUUCACCUAUGGGAUCCUGUUUGGCUGUGGCUCGUCCUUUGCCUUCCAGCCCUCCCUGGUGAUCCUGGGCCACUACUUCCGGCGGCGGCUGGGCCUGGCCAACGGCGUGGUGACGGCUGGCAGCAGCCUGUUCUCCAUGGGCCUCCCGGUGCUGCUCACCAAGGUGGUGGAGCCGCUGGGCCUCAGCAGAACCUUCCAGAUCCUGAGCCUCUUCAUGCUGGUCCAGGCCCUGCUGGCCCUGACCUUCAGACCCCUGCUGCCCCAGGGAGCUCCAAUAGGACCACCAGGACCAGGGGGCCCUGUCGGGUCCGCACCCCAGCCAGGAGCCACUGCCCGGGGAAGCCGCUGGAGCAGGACCCUGACCCAGGUCCGGAAGGCCUUUAACCUGAAGGUGUUCCACAUCGUUACCUACCGGGUGUGGGCGUUCGGGGUGGCUACGGCCGUGCUGGGUUACUUUGUGCCCUACAUCCACUUGAUGAACUUUGUGAAGGAGCAGUUCAAGGAGACCCAGAAGGACUGGAUCUUGUUGGUGUGUAUAGGAGCCUCAUCUGGAGUGGGACGCCUCCUCUUCGGGAAAGUAGGAGACCUCAUUCCCGGAGCCAAGAAGAUCUGGAUGCAGUCGGUGUCGUUCAUGGUGCUGGGGCUGAUGUCCAUGAUGAUCCCCCAGUGCACGGUGUUCGAGGGGCUGAUCGUGGUGUGUGUGUUCCUGGGGCUGUGUGACGGCUGCUUCAUCACCAUCAUGGCUCCUAUAGCCUUCGAGCUGGUGGGCCCCAUGCAGGCCUCCCAGGCUAUAGGAUACCUACUGGGACUCAUGGCCCUGCCCAUGACCGCAGGACCCCCCAUCGCUGGACUCCUGCGUGACUACUGUGGUGAUUACAACAUGGCCUUCUACCUGGCAGGGUGCCCUCCCAUCGUGGGGGGCAUGGUGCUGUUCUUUGUGCCCCUGAUACACCGGCGGCAGCAGAGAGCCUUUGAGGGCCAGGGUGGGGGGCCGGAGGACCCCAGCACAGGUCACAUGCUGCCCCCGGCAGGGGGCCCCAAGGCCUGCUCUAACGGAGACAUGCUGCCUGGAUACACCGACGUGGAGACACACAUCUGAGUAGCACUACACAAAGGGAUUCUAUUCACCAGCACUUGAGAUCUGUCCGUCCCUGCACCUCCUCCUUUCCCCUGACCCCUGACCCCCGGCCCCUAACCACGGACUACCUGCUGAUGUACCUCUCAACCUCUGACACAGUUUCUAUAGGAAGCCCCCUCCUGUCUAUAGGAACCCCCCUCCUCUCCGAACGCCAUUAGUUCCUUAUAGUGGUCCCUGUGGUCUAAGGAGAGAGGGGAAGAAGGAGGAACACAUCGCUGACCAACCUCCUUGAACAAAGAGGGAGACGAUUGGCAUCAUCAUAGGACCUGGGCGUCACACAAUCCAAAACAGUGUUCUCUUUCCCUAUGGCUUUAAGCUCAUCUAAAAUGGUUUUAGGCUUAAAAACGUGAAUGCACACUAAGUGUGUACCAUAUAGAGCUGGCCGCCUGAAAAAAAGUAUUUUUUAAAUCCUGUAGCGUCUGGAAUCAGAGUAUGUAAAUUAUUUAAUAUGCUUCAGUAGGUUUUUAAAUGACAAAUUAUUCAGAAAGAUAAACAGUAAUAGAGUAAUUGAAUGGAGUACGUUGUUCUUCUCUGUCUAGACCACAAGCAUCUCACACUUUAUUUCAUGUCAUAUGUUCCUUCUGUCUGUAGGUGUUUCAUUAGAUAGGUCUAGGGCAUAAAAUAGGACAUUUGAAAGAUUUCAGUUAUAAUGACAACUUAUUGCAGUUACAUUUUACAAGUCUAAAUUUAUUUUGUUUAUGAUUGAUCAAGGAAGAACACAUACUGUAUCAGUUUUGUAUUAUACUAUAGGUCUCCAUGGUGAUUCCCCCUUGGAAAAGCCACUAAAAUGAAAUCACCUCAACCACAUACGUACUUAUGCAGUUUUUCCAUAUGUAACCCGUGCCACGGUGGUGCUACGGAUCGAGAGCGCCAGACCAGACAGAACAGAUGAUUUACCAGCUUCAGACUUUGUAGUCUUAAAUCUAUUUUUGUAACAGUUACAUUUCUAAGUCUUUAAGUCAAUCAGAUCUUUUUCAUACACAAUUUUAAUUGAAAGUAAAUACAUCUCUCUGAGAUGUUUUGCCAAUAUUUUCUUUACUCUGCAGAUUUGUUUUUAUUGUUUUAAGUUUCUAAACGUUUUUUAUUUGUUUUUACCGUCUGUUUCUUACAAUGGCAUUGUGAUCUUGUUAUUCCCAUGGGGUUGAAUCCUAACUUCCACUUUGAGACUGUGAAAAUUCAACUUAAGUGAAAUGUUGACUUAUUAAGUUAGGAUUCACCCCAUUGUCAGUCAAGAAUUGAGCCAUAGGUCUCGACGGUCCGUUGUCUGAAAUCUAGUGAUGCUAAUAAUUAUAAUUAAUUAUCCACUGAUAUACAGUAGUUGAGAAAUAAGACUGGUAGUUUAUUAGAAAGAAAAAUUACCUUUAGUCUGCCAGGUUUUUUUGUAAACAAUCAAAAUCUACAUUAAGGGCAUUGAGCUUAAUUGUGAAUCGAAAGGCCAUAGUUUUUGCUGUGUGUGUGUGGAUUUGUGUUUGUGUGUGUGUGUGUUAGUUUGGGCAUUGAUCCACAGACCACAGAAUGAUUGCCAUUACAUGCAUGCACUCAUUGGCUAGAUCCUUUUUUCAGCCUGAUCCCCAUUGGUCCACAUCAAACUGAUGACUCUUUGUUGAUGAGUUUGCUGCUUCUUAUCUUCAGAUGACAUACUGGUUGUUGGGGUCAUACGUCGUCACGGUAAUAACCAGAUACUGCCUCAUGGAGAUUUUCACUCUAGUAGAGAAAUUCAUUAAAUUGCAGUUGCUGUUACGGUUCGUAAAUGUUAAACAGACCACUUACCUCCUUGAGAUUACAUUUUCCGCACGACAGAAAGGUUGAAUAGUCCACCACUUUUGACCAGAGCCCUAUGGUCACUGGUCAAAAGUACCGCACUAUUAAGGGAAUAGGGUGCCAUUUGGGACACAGUCUAGGCCUAAUGGAGGACAGAGAGGGAAACCGAGAGAGGACAAAGACGUCAACACCUCAGUAAUCUAGUUAAAUAUGUUGGCGUUCUUCAAAUCAUGACAUCAUACUUCCAAGUGAAAUGAAAUGGUUGCUAUUUUUUUUUCUACAGCUGUUAGCUUCAGCGCCACAGUGCUGCACAUACCGCCAAAAACAUCCAAAAAACCUAUUCUCAAUCUACAAUACUUCACUCCAAUUAUUAAUACUCGUUAGUACUUAUGUGUGUGUGUGUCUGUCUGUGCGUUCACUGUUUGUGUUUCUGUGUGAGUUCGCUGUGUCUGUGUGUGUGUCAGUGUGUGGGUGUGCACUCAGAUUUAUGAGAUUUACCUUCCCUCUCCCCCAUCUGGCCAUACUUUUUAAACUCUUUAUUUUUCCUUCCUGCUGCUCUAAAUGUCAUUCCCUCUGACAGUUCAGUCCCAGUCAUAUAAUAUAGCUAUUAUCACUAUGGUCCCAGCCUCCAUUAAGGCUGCAUACUGAGUGGACUAGGGUCACCCGGUUAUCUCUACUCUUACUGUUACCUCAUUAAGUUCCUCCGUCUCUUCUCUCUUCUGUUGAGCUCACCGCCAUGCUGCUCCUAUAUCUCCUAUAGUUGGUCUGAAAGCCUGCUAGCUCACCAUGCAUUAUCAUCCUUAGGCUAUAGAGGAAAAGAGGAAACCUUGUUUGAUCAAGCAAGCUGUAAUACAACAUGUACUUUUUGAUCAUUCAUUUUGAUCAUUCUCCUAUAGUUGGUCAGAGAGCUUGCUGUCUCUAGCCUGGUUAAACCAGAUUGAACCAUUUGUGAGUGCAGCAUUCAGUCUGGUCCACCAGGCUAUGCUGCUGGCUCACCAAACAUUGUUAUCUGUAUACUGUAGAUGCAGAGUAAACUGUGCUGUUUGCCAUCUGUAAGCAAACACUACAAGACUUUUGAUCAUUCUCGUUUAGUUUGGCAGUUGUCAUUGUUCUGUUUGUGUUUUGAUGACAUAGGCUAUUGAAAUAUUAGAUUUUUAACUACUGAGAUGGAAAGGAGAGGUUCAUGACUGAUAGUGAAACAUGCAGCCUUCAUGGUGUUGUUUGCUAGUCAAAGUCCUGUUGUCUAUGCAGCCUUGGUGGCCCACCGGGGACAGUGGUUUCUGAGUGGGCAGUAGUGCAGAUUGCACCCUAAAUCUCUAGGUCCUGUACCAGUUCAAGGACCGGUCACAUGUUACAUAGGCUUACAUGAGAGUACAAUCUCAUCAUAAAUCUACAUAUUUACACAGCUUAAAUAACUACUUUUUGUUUAUUUGAUGUUUCCUAAUAUUGUUGGUAUUUUAUUUGUAUCUCGCCCCAUAGCAUUCUAAACCAGUGAUCUUUUGGGAGUUUUCUCCCAUUUUUCUUUUGUCAAGAUGCAUUUUUUUUGUCCAAUCCACCCCAGUGUGUGUUCGACAGGGCUGUUAGAUAAGGUCAGAUACAGUCUUCUUUCUGUUACAUCCUUGGUCUGGUGUACACCAUGCCUCUGUUACAUCCUUGGUCUGGUGUACACCAUGCCUCUGUUACAUCCUUGGUCUGGUGGACUACUUUUGACCAGAGCCUUAUGGACCCUGGUCAAAAAAAGCACACUAUAUAGGGAAUAGGGUACCAUUUGGGAUGUAUCCCAUGUCUGUAUACUUCUGACCCCACCUGUCUACCUUACCUACAGUCUCUUCUAUAGCUUUUGCUGUAUCACCCAUAGACUGUACACCACCCUGACUGUAUCACCUGUAGACUGGUCAUCACCCUGACUGUAUCACCCAUAGACUGUACACCACCCUGACUGUAUCACCCGUAUAUUGGUCAUCACCCUGACUGUAUCACCCAUAUAAUGUACAUCACCCUGACUGUAUCACCCGUAGAUUGGUCAUCACCCUGACUGUAUCACUCGUAGACUGACUGUGCAUCCCCCUGACUGUAUCACCCAUAGACUACAUCACCCUGACUGUAUCACCCGUAGACUGUACAUCACCCUGACUGUGCUGCUCUUGUUUAAUCUUUUAACUCAUCUCUCCCUCUUAUCUUUUGUGCAAUGUUUCUGCUGUUAUUUUCAUCACAAUUCUCACCUCAGAUUUUCUACCAACUGUCACCAAUCUUUUCCUGAACCUCAACUUUUCAGAUAUAUAUUUUUCGUUGUAUUUUUUCAAGAAAUGUUAUAACAAUAGGAAUCACAAUAUUUGAAAUGAAGACUUAUGCUGCUAGAUAAAUGUAAUUUUUUUGGUGACGUUAUUUUGGAUCUGUAGUAAAACACAAUUUGUUAUCGUUUUCUAUUAAACCAACAAUAAAUGUUUAAUAUGA